GACACACAGACAGAGAGAGAGAGAGAGAGAGGGACAGCGGUGGAUCCCAUCGCGGCCGCUAUUCGCCCAUCUGGGAGCCGGCUCCUUCUUACAACAGAGUUGUACUUUGAUGCAAUGGCACAGUAGCUGACGCCCUCUUCCUUGUCCGCCCAUUUCAGAAUGGAGACAACGCUUUGACAUUUUUGUCUAAACGGCUGCAGUUCAUCUCUCCACCGUAGUUAAUCAAGAAUGUUUACCCUCACAGAAGUAGCAUCGCUUAAUGACAUACAAGCAACCUAUCGGAUCCUGAAGCCAUGGUGGGAUGUUUUCAUGGACUAUUUAGCUAUCGUAAUGCUAAUGUUGGCUAUCUUCGCGGGCACCAUGCAACUGACCAAAGACCAAGUUGUGUGUCUUCCUAGGUUGGAGGUAGCUGAAAACCGUGCAACUAUUCCUGAGACCAGUGCUGCACCACAGAAACAAACCACUACCUCUGCAUUGGAAAUCAGUCAUGCUACAGAAGAAGAAGGCCAGCUUUUUCCUGAAACUGUAUCCAUGAUGAACGUUGACUCGCACAAAGAAACUAACCCGAGCUUCAGAUGUAAAACUCACUUGGACUAUCAGCAAUAUGUUUUCGUAAAUCAACUAUGUUAUCACGUGGCCUUGCCCUGGUACUCAAAGUAUUUUCCCUAUCUAGCUCUCAUCCACACACUCAUUUUGAUGGUCAGCAGCAAUUUCUGGUUCAAGUAUCCCAAAACCAGUUCCAAGAUUGAACAUUUUGUCUCCAUAUUGGGGAAGUGUUUCGAGUCUCCAUGGACCACAAAGGCACUUUCCGAAACGGCGUGUGAGGAUUCAGAGGAGAACAAACAACGUUUCAAGUCUUCUGUGGCAAAACAUUUAUCAACCAGCAGUGAAGAAGAGAGUCCCAGUACACCAAUGAUAUCUAGAUCUGGACCUAAGUUCUCAGCUGAAAAACCUGUUGUAGAAGUUCCCAGCAUGACUAUUUUAGACAAGAAAGAUGGCGAGCAAGCCAAAGCCCUUUUUGAAAAAGUUCGUAAAUUCCGUGCGCAUGUGGAAGAUAGUGCUUUAAUAUACAAAUUGUAUGCUGUCCAAACAGUCAUAAAGACAAUGAAAUUUAUAUUUAUUUUAUGUUACACUCUAACCUUUGUAACUUCAAUAAGUUUUGAUCACGUCUGCAAACCAGAUGAACAGGUGCAACGUUUGACUGGAUACUCUGAGUUUUACUGUACGCACAACAUGGCUUUUAUGCUACGAAAAUUAUUAAUUAGUUAUAUCGCCCUGAUAUGUGUUUAUGGAAUGGUUUGCAUAUACACUUUAUUCUGGCUGUUCAGACGACCCUUAAAGGAAUAUUCAUUUGAAAAGGUUCGUGAAGAAAGUAGCUUUAGUGACAUUCCAGAUGUUAAAAAUGACUUUGCAUUUCUGCUGCACAUGGUCGAUCAAUACGAUCAACUUUAUUCUAAACGGUUUGGUGUAUUUCUAUCUGAGGUGAGUGAAAACAAACUCCGUGAGCUAAGCUUGAACCAUGAAUGGACUUAUGAAAAACUCAAGCAGCAUGUCUCCAGAAACGCUCAAGACAACCAGGAAUUGCAUCUCUUCAUGCUCUCAGGGGUACCAGAUGCUGUAUUUGACGUGACGGACCUUGACGUACUGAAGCUAGAACUGAUUCCUGAGGCAAAGAUUCCUGCCAAAAUUUCCCAAAUGACUAAUCUUCAAGAACUGCACCUUUAUCAUUGUCCUGCUAAAGUAGAACAAACUGCCUUCAGCUUUCUCCGAGAUCACCUUAGAUGUCUACAUAUCAAAUUCACGGAUGUUGCAGAAAUUCCUACCUGGGUCUAUUUGCUCAAAAAUCUGCGAGAAAUGUAUUUAGUUGGUAAUCUAAACUCAGAAAACAACAAGAUGAUAGCUCUAGAGUCUUUACGAGAACUGAAACACCUAAAGAUCUUGCACCUUAAAAGUAAUCUGACCAAAGUUCCUUCAAAUGUUACAGAUGUUGCACCACAUCUUACCAGUCUUGUGAUUCAUAAUGAUGGAACUAAACUUUUAGUGCUGAACAGCUUAAAGAAGAUGAUUAAUCUAACUGAACUGGAGUUGCAGAACUCUGAGUUGGAUCGAAUUCCACAUGCUAUUUUCAGUUUGACCAACUUGCAAGAACUGGAUUUGAAGUCCAAUAACAUUCGUACGAUUGAAGAGGUGAUAAGUUUCCAGCAUCUCAAGCGCUUAACUUGUCUAAAGCUGUGGCACAACAAUAUCAUCACCAUUCCUUCAUCUAUCAGUCUUGUGAAAAACCUCGAGAUGCUUUAUUUAUCUCAGAAUAAACUAGAAUCUCUGCCCUUGGCUCUCUUCAAUUUGCAGAAGCUCAGAUACUUGGAUGUUAGUCACAAUGGCAUUUCUACAAUUCCCUCAGAAAUCAUGUCUCUCCAGAAUUUACAGUAUUUUGCCAUCACAGGAAACCGAGUAGAAGUUUUGCCAAAGCACAUUUUUAAGUGCACAAAAUUGCGUAGUUUGAAUAUGGGACAAAACUGCAUUACUUCAAUUUCAGAGAAAAUUGGCCAGCUUGUACAGCUUACACAGCUCGAGCUGAAGGGAAACUGCCUAGACAGACUUCCAGCAGAGUUAGGCCAGUGUCGCCUUCUAAAGAAAAGUGGACUUAUUGUUGAAGAUCAUCUGUUUGAUACACUGCCCUCUGAAGUUAAAGAUCUGUUUAAUCAAGACUUUAACUCAAAUUCUACUUUUGGCCCAGGAAUAUAAAGUAUUUGAGCAAACUAUAUGUAGCAGUUUUGCAACUGAAUGUUUGUUUGCCAGUUGACUGGAAAUAUUGUAUAACUAGAUCAAGGUACUUAACACAACUGUUGGAAAAACUAUAUUAAAAAAGAAGCAAACUUGUGUCCUUAAAAAGGUCUGAAGUUGUUGUAACUAAUUAACUAAGUGUUAAUUACUGGUUGUCUUAUAAAUGUCUGUUACGGAUUGACCAUUUUGUUCACACAUCCUUUACUUGUAAAUGUUCGGAUUUAAUUACCCGCUCCCCAUCCAGCCUUCCGUUUUUUUUAAACUCGUUUUUCAAUUUUUUCAGCUGUCUAGGUCUCUCCGGACUGUUUUUCAAUCUAAUUUUUUCCAGAUCUCUUCUCUCCCAAUACUGGCCCUGAACUGGGCACUCACUGGCCCUGAACUGACCACUGUAAAAUGUGCAAGAGCAGCUUAUUGCGCCAAACUCUGACUUCAUCCCGUCCUCGCUGUGGGAACCUCCCUGUUGGAAGAUCGCUUCUCCCUCUUAGCCCCUCCUCUUGGUAUCACAGCUGAAAUCAAAAGCUUGCAAUGUAUGGGCGUAAACCCAAGUCAUGCCACUCCAUAGUACCAUACCACUAUCGUUGUGUUUUUGUAGCAAGGGAAGAUUCAGACUCUUCAACUAUUAAUUUAAUGUAUAGAAUACCUCAGUGUCUGGUUCCCAGUGCCAACUUCAGCUAUUGUUUUUGUUGAAAAAAAUGCAUUUCAAAGUUGAUUGUUUUUUUAUUUGCCUGGUAAUGAAUGACUUUCAAAUAAGAAAUGCUACAGAGACUAAUUUUAGUACAAAGCACUCCUCAAUGUCUGUUGUGCAAAAAUAAGUUCCCUGGAGGGAGAUGUUAUCUGGGAAGGGAGAUAUCAAUCUGGUGAAUUUCCUUGUAACUCUGCUCUUGCACUCUGAUGACCCAUAUUGCAGUGGUAAACGAGAUGGAACCUGAAGGUGCUUUAUUUAUUUGAAAUGAAAUUGGUGCUUCAAGCUAUCCUACAGGCUGAUCCGGAGACAGACAAAACAGGAAAGCCUACAGUAAUACACAAGAAUGAACGGUGCUGCUUUGGGAAUAGCAUUGAGCCUAUCCCAUUAAACUCAUUUACAAAUUGGCACUGGGUGCAAGCAGAGACAUGAAAUUACAGGCCUCUCCAGGAGAGAAGUAAUUCACAGAAACUUCAGUUACUUAAGUAAAUAACACAUGCAGUGGAGCAGUUGUACUGAAGAUCCUUAUUGGCAUCUCCUUUACCCAUAAAUGCUUGAGAUCCUUAGCAGUCUUAUCACAAGCAGUGCUCGGUUUUGCAGGCUGAAAUGCAUGGAAAUUUAAAAUGUCCUCAUAAGAAGUAAUUAUACUUAUCUUUUAAAGGCUGUUUGAAUGUGAUUUGUAGGUUUCUAUUUUUUUCUAAUUCUCUUACAGUUUCAUAAGAGAAAGGAAUUAUUCCUCUUUUCUUUUCCGUUCCCACAAAUUGGUAAAAUAGCACAACAGGGUAAUUUUAUCAGCAGAUUUUAGUGCUUCUAAAUGAUUGCAUUUGCAUCUCAGGUGCAACUCUGAGCAUCAACUAGAUAUUAAGUGGGCAGAAUUCCCAGAUUUUUAUGCAUUGCAACCCCAUGACCGGAUAACUAAAAGCUGGUAAAGUAAUAAUCAGGCAAGUGGAAAAACCUUGAUUUUGAAACUCUAUUUAAAAACAAGUCAAUAAUAAAAGUACUAGGAAUUAGAUAGUGGAGGAAUGUUGUGCAUUAGCUACAAAUGAAUGGAGAGUUUUUGUUUAACUAAUGUAUCGUGACUGGAUCCAUACCAACUGGUAAAUUAUCUAGGAACUUUGGCUAUUGUUCUGUAACAUAAGCACGAGCAUGCGCACUUGUAGAACAUUGUGAUAUAAAAGACCUUUUCUAAUAAGUGGCUGCUACAUUCAUGAUGCUUAUGACCUCCUUUUUGCCAUCAAAACAACUGAGGAUUUAAAUCAAGCUAGUAUAGUGAGGCCUGGCACUGAGUUCAAUCAUUAUCGCUCAUUUAUUGAAGUUGCGAGGUCCCCUUACUGCUUGGAUUCAGUAUUUUGCAUAUUGUGCAGAAAUCAGCGUUGAUUUAUGGUAAUAUUUCAGAGCCCAGUCUUCCCUUUGUAUUCUGGUACAAAUACCAUUUCAUAAAACAAGGUUUGCUUACAUUUUGAAAAUUUCCUUCCCAGGUAAUGUACAUGCUAAGAAGUUCUUGGGCUUGGAGGAGUUGUCCAUCUAAAUCCUGGGUAGAGUGCAACUUUGUCUGCCCGCAGAUCUUUGUGUGCUGUGUGUGUGUGUGUAUGUGUUUUAUUAUGGAUGCAAAGCCAUGACAACUUAGUGCAACAGCUAUUUAAUUUAUUUUUAAAAUAAAGGUACUUUGCAGGUAGCUCUCUUUUUCUCCUAGAAAAAAACAAAUGCACAAAUGCGCAAAAUUCAGGUAUCUUAUAGCUAUUUUCCAUUUAAAUUUGAUGGUGUACAGGACAGGCCUCACUAAAAACUAGACGUUUCGGGCACUACAGGCAAAAUACGUUUUUAUUUAUUAUGUUAAAUCAUGUCAGCAAUUCUCCAAAUCAACUGUAGUGCAAAUACAAUGAAUUCUAUUUUUCUGAAGCUUUUUUUAUAAACCAAAUGAAAGACCAGAACACAAUUUUUUUUGGUUUUAGCUCUGUAUUGUAAACUUGCAACAUUUAUAGAUUUCUAUAACUGUUUUUGCCACUGUGCAUUUUCUGCAGGGAUAUUUGAAAUGUACAAUAUAUUGACACAACCACGGCAUUUUAAGAAAACAAAAAUUGUACUUGAAAGAUGUUUGUCUCGCUCUUGCAUGCCUGUAUGCUUUUGCCCUGAGUUUGUGAUUCUCAAAACCUGACGCCUGAUUUUCUUUUAUUUAAAUUGUAAUUUGUGAUAGAUGUUCUGUUAAUUUUAGAUAAAUAAUGUUAUCUUCUUAAAUGGCAUUGCACUAUUGAUUCUUAACAGAACGAUUCCUAGUUGUUUUAAAGAACACAAUAAAAGUUUUGAAACUA